CUUUGGACUUUGAAGCAGGGUUUGACUUCAGAGUGACCAAAGAGAAACAGAGGAAAAAGAGACAGCAGAACCAUGGAAGAGAACGGAGGAGGACAACAACUGGUAGCGGCCGAGAACGGUGGUGGUCACGACGGAGCAAGAGAAGCCACAUGUCUAAGCAUGAAGAUGGACGAUGGUAGCAGAGAGAGUCACAGGUACUACCUCUCUCGCAGAACCGCAUUGGAAAUGCUCAAAGACAGAGGCUACACCAUUCCCUCCUCCGAAAUCCAACUCUCCCUCUCUGAAUUCCGUGAAACUCACGGCCAGAAGCCCGACGUCGACCGCCUCCGCUUCUCCGCCACCCACUCCGCCGACCCCUCCAAACGGGUUCUGGUGAUUUUCUGUGGUCCUGGUGUGGUUAAGGUCACUUCCAUCAGGAACAUUGCUGGACAGAUUGUUAACAAAGAUACCUUGUCUGGGGUCUUGUUGAUUGUGGAAAAUAAUAUCACUGGUCAGGCCUUGAAAGCUAUCAAUCUUUUCUCAUUUAAGGUUGAGAUUUUUCAGAUCACAGAUUUGCUUGUUAAUAUUACAAAGCAUGUAUUGAAGCCAAAGCAUCAGGUGCUGACUGAUCGGCAAAAGAAAAAUCUUCUGAAGAAGUUCAAUAUAGAAGAAAAACAGCUUCCCCGUAUGCUGCAGUCAGAUGCAAUCGCUCGAUAUUAUGGACUUCAGAGGGGGCAAGUAGUUAAAGUUACCUUCAGUAGUGGUGAAAUCACCCAGCUGCAUGUCACAUAUCGAUGCGUUUGGUGAUAUUUUCUUGUUCUGUUGUGUUUUAUCAUGUUCUAUCUUGUAUUAUCAUGUUCUGUCUUGUAUUUUGGUGGUUGAACUCGCAGAACUUGGCUGUUGUAUUGUAUGAUAUCAUGCAUAAGAAGUUUAUUUAUAACUCAGGUGAUAACAACAAAACUUAUUGUUACUAA